CGAAACGGUUUCGUAUUUUGGGAACGAACGCGUGAAUAAAGAAAGUGAAAAAGUUUCGCUUUUCGGUGGAAAGAAUUUAGAACUCAUUACCCUUUGUUGUAUAAAUAAACUGAGUGGAAUUAGUUAAUAUAUGGAGCGCAUUUGAAAUAUUUUUGUCCGCAUUAAAACUUAAAAUCCCUACAAGAAAUGUCUUUCCUAUCGCCAUCCCUGCGGUUAGAGAAUCUGUCAAACGAACCCAUAAUGACACUCGAUCAUAUACCGGAAGAGAAACGUUACAACAAAAACAAUAUUGUGGCCAAAUGGUGUGCGCCGAUCAAUGGCAAAAUGUACAGGAUCGAAUUGGAGCAUGGAACCACCACAGGACGACGCAUGAUAUGGGUUAACGGGAAGGAAGUCCUGCGUCGUGACUGGAUGUUCAAAUUGGUGGGCGAAGAUUCAUUUUAUAUCGAUCAAGCGCGUUGCAUUAUACGUGUSGAUCCAGCACCAGGUUUCAGAUACGAAUAUUCGCUCUACAUCGAUGGCAAACCGCACGAACAGUAUACCGACGAACUGACGAAGCAUUAUCGCUUGUGGUUGGUCAGCAUAGMAGACAAUGAGUACCGCAUAAUGUUAGAAUUGGAUACGCUCAACUUGUAUGUGAAUGAUCAGUUGCGCGCCGAAACGGGGGAAUUCGUCGAUGGCGGCACGGACACCAAGUUUACGGAGAAUGGCAAUGARUUUGUGCUGCAAGCACGUUCGAGUGGCAAUAAAUUGGAUGGCUUAACGCACACUCUGCUGGCGAAUGGUGAGGUCAUACCGGAGGCUAAGAUCAUAGAAGUCAUGCAGGAGCCCUUCUCGAUUUUAUCAUCCACUUAAUGUAUGAACGGUUUGUGGCCGCUGUGAGUUGUUGUUUAAGUAUAAAUAAAGUGAUGU